AUGCUUAACAGCUCAGCACUUGUGUCUGUGAUGAAGGUGGUCAUGAUGCUGCUGAUGUUUGUGGGGACAGGAGUGGAGGCGGCACCCACGGACAGAGGCUUUGCAAAACCUCUUCCCAGUCUCACUCAUGCAUCAGCUGUACCAGAGAAGGGAAAUCCUAGCCAGUACCUGAAACACUGGCUUCUGAGUACCAAAGCAGCAGGAGUGGAUCGGGCGACAAGAACGGACAAAACCACUACAAGGACUAUCACUGAGGGCAUCAGGGAAGGGAGGUUGAGGAGCAACCCUGAGACAGCAGGUCCAGAUAAACGGGGCCAGAUGCUGAAGAUGAUCUCAGCCUUGGAGGAGCUGCACAGGGUGUUCAACAGCACACGGAGCUCCAGAAUCACCAUCAUGCCAAGAGCAAAUGGCAAAAAUUCAGGAAGGAAAAAUAGAGUGCACCCUGCUGCUGAUGGAGGGGUGAAGCCCACCACAGUGGCACCAUCAGCAGUCAACAGCACUGCGUCCAGAGCGAGCGCAGAUGUCCUCAUCCCCAGUCUGACUGGUCGAAGUUCAAAGAAGUCCCUCCCAACGCAGACCAAGAAGACCAACAAAAGAGUGUGUUUCUGGAAGUACUGCUCCCAGAACUGAUCGUCUCCACCCACCCAAAGUGGCCUAAUGUCUCCAAAAGACAGGUUGCUUUAUUGAUUGCUUCAUCCGCCCUGCAUCCCUUCACCGAUCUCCUGCCUCUCCCCUCGCUCUCCUCGGACCUGAGCGCUAGGCUACCGUUGCCCUGGCACCGGGAAGCCCCACAGCGGCGCCAUCCUUGCAUCGGACCUUUUCAUUCACUCAUUAAUUAACAAG